GUGUGUGAAGUGCGGGGAAGGCCUGCCCGUGGUGGUGAUCCGAGCCGGGGAUGCCUUCUGCAGGGACUGUUUCAAGGCCUUCUACGUUCACAAGUUCAGAGCCACACUGGGAAAGAACCGGCUUAUCUUCCCGGGCGAGAAGGUGCUCUUGGCGUGGUCUGGGGGCCCUUCGUCCAGCUCCAUGGUCUGGCAGGUCCUUGAGGGCCUGAGUCGGGAUUCUGCCAAAAGGCUGCGUUUUGUGCCAGGGGUCAUCUAUGUCGACGCCUCAGAGGGAGCAGUCUGUGGCCAGAGCCACGAAGACAGAGAGAAGACCCUGGCCCAAGUGAAGCUGACCUUGCAGAAGACCGGCCUCCCAUGGCACGUGGUGGCCUUAGAGGAGGUGGGGGUCCUGGGCCCCCUGGGGGUGGUGACGGGCGCGUCUUGCACUGUGGCCCGGCCUGACCACACCCCCUGGCAGGUGUUCAGCCUGCCGUCCUCGGUGCUGCGGGGCUCGGCCCUGGACCCAGCUGGGACCCAGGGGGGCUACAAGGCGGCAGUGGGCAGUUUCCUCCAGCAGCAGCAGCAGCAGCACGCGCCAGUGGCCGAGCCCAGCCCCAGCCCAGCUCCAGGGGAGGCACGGCUGUGCCAGCCCCACACUUGGGGCACCCUGGGCCACCAGGGCCUGGCCGAGCUGCCCACAGCUGCCCAGACCCAGGCUCUGUGCAGACUGUUUGACUCCGUGAGGACCCUGACAGCCAAGGAGGAGCUUCUGCAGACCCUGCGGUCCCACCUGGUCCUGCAUGUGGCGCGAGCCCACGGCUACUCCAAGGUGAUGACCGGGGACAGCUGCACCCGCCUGGCGAUCAAGCUCGUCACCAACCUGGCCCUGGGCAGAGGGGCCUUCCUGGCCUGGGACACGGGCUUCUCGGACGAGCGGCAGGGGGACGUGGUGCUGGUGAGGCCCAUGUGCAACCACACCCUGAAGGAGGUGGCCUUCUACAACCGCCUGUUCGCUGUCCCCUCUGUCCUCACACCAGCCCUUGGCACCAAGGCCCCUGAAAAGGCCAGUGUGCACCGGCUGGUGGAGGCCUUCAUGCUCAGGCUGCAGACCCAGUUCCCGUCCACAGUCAGCACCGUGUGCAGGACUGGUGAGAAGCUGCUCAAAGCCCCUAGGAGCGGCCCCGCCGGGCCCCCCUGCCUGCUCUGUGCAUGCACACUGGACGUCGACACCGCAGACAGCGCCACAGCCUUCGGGGCUCAGAUCUUCUCCUGUGCCCCCGGGACACAGCUGCCCAGUCUGCUGGCCAGAGCCGGGGAGCCCCAAGCACCCUCCUCCUCUCCAGGGGAGAGUGGGGCCCAGGGCUGCUGCAGGGAGGCCUGUAAGAGGGAUGAGCACCGGGCCUGCGUCGUGGAGCAGCUGUGCUAUGGCUGCCGCGCCAACCUCAGGGACCUGCCCUCCCUGGACCCCCUGCCCCCCUACAUCCUGGCCGAGGCCCAGCUCCGCAGCCAGAGGGCCUGGGUCCAGCAGCAGAUCCAGGAAUAUCUGAUUGAGGACAGUGAGGACGACGCAGCAGAAACGGGUCACAGCUGAGCCUGGGCUCGGUGCAGCUGUGCGGGGCGGGAGGGCAGGGCCCAGCCUUCCUGGGAUUGCGUUUGUAUAAAUAAAAGUGUUUUAAUUAGAAAA